AUGGAUUUCUUUAGAAGAUUAAAGAAAGCUACCUACUCUACCUAUAAGGUUUCAGAAGCAAACAUGUUGAAGUUCACCAGAAUGAAAUAUGUACCGCUGCUGAUUUUUCAGCUUAUUCUCAUGGUUUUAUACUUUAUUUUCGUGAGAUAUGGCGGAGAUAAAGAUCAUGAUAUAAGAGGUUUCGAGGGUACCCAUGUGAUGAUUUUCAUAGGUUUUGGAUUUUUGAUGACGUUUUUGAAGAAAUACAGUUACAGCGCAUUGGGUUUUAACUGGUUUUUAGCCGCUUUAGUUAUCCAAUGGGCGCUUCUCUGUCAAUCUUUUUAUCAUAUGACAGAUAACAUCAUUUAUAUCACCAAGAAAAGUUUAUUGGAGGCUGACAUAAUGUCAGCAACAGUACUUAUAACUUUCGGGGCGGUGCUCGGCUUGGCGAGCGGAUUACAGUUACUAUUCAUUGGUAUAGUCGAAGUUGCUGUCGCAUGCCUUAACUUUUGGCUGGUGGCGGAUAUAUUCAAGGCUGCUGAUGUGGGUGGGUCGAUGGCUAUACAUGCGUUUGGAGCGUACUUCGGUCUAGGAGUAAGUUGGGCUCUAAAAUCGAGGAAAACUAAAACUGAUACCCCGACUACAACUCCCACGGUCGAUUUAAACGGUCCCAGUUAUAUAUCCGACGUUACUGCUAUGAUAGGUUCGAUAUUCUUGUGGAUAUAUUGGCCAUCGUUCAACUCCGGCUUGACAAGUACAAACAGCGAAUAUCAAAGGGCAGUUAUCAAUACAUAUCUGUCAUUAGCAGCGGCCACAGUAACAACUUUCGUACUAUCAUCAGCUGUAAGCAAACACCAUGGCAAGUUAGACAUGGUUCACAUACAGAAUUCUACAUUAGCCGGCGGAGUCGCUGUAGGAUCGGUAUGCAAUAUGCACGUUGGGGCCGGUGGGGCGAUAGCAAUCGGUAUUGGAGCAGGACUGAUCAGUGUUUUGGGAUACAGGUUUUUAACUCCACUAUUAUCAAAACACGGUGUACCAGACACCUGCGGCGUGAAUAAUUUGCACGGGAUGCCUGGAAUAUACUCAGGCUUAUUAUCUAUACUUUUUGCUGCUAUCGCUACUAAAGAACAGUAUGGUACUGAGCUAGAUACCGUUUUCAUUGGUAUGGAUGGGGACGGAAGAACUGCAGCGAACCAAGCGCUUAAACAAUUUUUCGCUCUGCUCGUCACUGUUGGAAUAUCGAUUGGUGGCGGCGUUGUAACUGGUCUUCUUGCUAGGGCUCCAAUUCUGGAACCGUUGAAAGACCACGAAAAAUACGACGACGAAGUUAACUGGGAACUACCUCAG